GUGUUAUCGUGAACCAUGGCGGGUUUUACGGAAAACGCGCUAAUCCGAAAGCUACAAGAAUUAAAUUCAAGCCAGCAAAGUAUUCAAACAUUGUCGUUAUGGCUGAUACAUCACAGAAAACACCACGCUGCCGUCGUCAAGACUUGGUUCAAAGAAUUAUUGAAAGUGAAAGAUAGUAAGCAACUGACAUUCAUGUACCUGGCCAAUGACGUCAUACAAAAUAGCAAAAAGAAAGGUCCAGAAUAUGGCAAGGAAUUUGGUGAAGUCCUUGUAGAGUCUUUCAAACAUAUGGCAAAGACUGGAAUAAAUGCCAAAACAAAGCACUCAUUGCACAGAAUACUUAAUAUUUGGCAAGAAAGAGGUGUCUAUGAUGCUGCCAAGAUUCAGAAAUUCAAAGAAGCCGUUGAUCCAGCUGACAAAAUAGAUGCAACUCCAAAGAAAGUGAGCAAGCGCAAAUCUACAGACAAUGAACCAAAGGAACCUGAAAAGAAGCCAAAAGUGGAAAAAGAGAAGGACCGACAACGCCGUCGUAGUGAGACUAAAGUGGAAGUGGAUGGACAGAUUGAAACGCACAUUACGCUCAGUCCAAAGACUCCACCUGGUGACCCACCAGAGCCAGAAGAAUUGAUCAAGGCGUUGUUGGAGCUGGAGUCGAGCGCGUCGAGUGACGAAGCUGUGCGCAAGCGCAUCGCGUCGCUGCCCCCUGAAGUGUCCGAAGUGCAAUUAUUGUCUAAGUUAGAAGAUAAGGAAUCGGCGCAAAGUCUAAGCGCGGUAGUGAACUCGGCUGUGGAACUGCUAGCUGAAUACAAUCUUCGACUAUCUGAGGAGUUGGAGAAACGGAGGAAGGUUGCAGCUAUGUUGCGGGACUUUGCACAAGCGCAGAGAGAUUUGGCUAAGCAGGCCGAAGCUAGACUUGAGGAAUACAACAUAAAACUGCAAAAGAUCUACGCGGUUAAAGCGGAAGUAAAAUCACAUAUAGAGAAUCUGCCAGAUGUGUCACGGCUGCCUGACGUCACUGGGGGCCUAGCGCCGCUACCUUCCGCGGGUGAUCUCUUCAGUGUUUGAACCAUAAGGUUAUGAGGUCUCUGAAUCUUGUAAUUGUUCCUGUUUCAAAACAGCAGAUUAAUGCCAGUACGGUAAGAUCGUACUUUGCUCUCAGAACCAUUUUCGGUACUUAGAAUACUACAGAUAAAAUUAGGAAACAAUUUUGGUGCAAACAUACUUACUUACACGUAGCCGUUUAUAAUGUAUGUAAAUAAUUCUAUACAUAAUAGAAUAUUAUUAUUAUGAAUAAACUCUUUAAGAAAAAAGUUCACAUAUUCAGUAAUAAUGUAAAGCAGCAGCCGUUUUCUGAUUAUACUUUAUAAAAUAUGCCAGUGGUAGAGAGAUAUAGACUUUAAUAAGAUCGCAGUGUUAUUUCAACAAAUGAUAAACACUAUAAUUAUUUCGGAUAUAUCACACUGGCACGUAAAUAGUAUGAUUGCUUGCAGGCUAACCUGGCAUGGUCUGUAAUGAUAAAAAAGAUCCGAGGGUUUUAUUUGGGGGAUUAUAGUUAAGUUACUCUGCAUACAAUUAUACUGUUUACGUGCAAGUGCCAUGAAAAACAUUGUAUGUUUCACGGGCGGUACGAGAAUUACGAACCUCGACUCCGAAAGCCCUCAGUCUUCGACUUCGGGUCGAUAGUGUCUCUUUCGCAAUUCCUUAUUUACUGCCCUUAAGCUUUUGACCGACAAUCUCUGACCAAAAACCAGUUUUGUUUCCUAGACGCUAAGUCUAAUGAUGUGACAUGUCAUGAAUAUUAAUUCAAUUCCUUAUAUACUGUAUAUUAAUUCAAUUCUCCUAAGUUAAACAAAAACUUAACUGAACAUAAAAUGCAACUAUGAAUCCAUACUUAACUAGAAUAUACAAAUAACACUUGGUUUCAUUAACGUUUUAAAACGUCUAUGGCGGUCAAAAGGCAAUGUUCUAUUAAAAGGAUAUUUAGUCAGAAAGUUCAGUUGAAAGAGCGAUAGCCCGCAUAAGGCGAAAAUGUUCCUGGUUCGAGUCCACCUGCAUCGCAGAAACUUUUCUUUGCCUUUGUUCGAUCUCUGUAUCAAUUUUAUAAUAGAAAAAUUAGGAAAGCAAGAUUUAUAUACACGUUAUUAAAAAAAUUGAUGGUUUCAGAGGGUCUACUCCCUCUCUCCGUCCGAAACAAUUAUGUACUGACAAAUAAGUAAUGGCAAUGUCAAGUGUGAAGCUUCAUU